AUGCUAGCUCUGCCCCCUCCCCCUCCCCUUCUGAAGCUGUAUAGUGCUUGCAGUCAGGACAUGUUUUCAGCUGUCAUGACGGAGCACUCCCCCGAGAGGAUUCCGGACAAACAAGAAAGAAGUGGAGGACAAACAAGAAAGAAGUGGAGGACAAACAAGAAGGAAGUGUUGGACAAACAAGGAGGAAGUGUAGGACAAACAAGAAGGAAGUGUAGGACAAACAAGAAGAAAGUGUGGAGGACAAACAAGAAAGAAGUGGAGGACAAACAAGAAAGAAGUGGAGGACAAACAAGAAAAGUGUUGGAGUGGAGGACAAACAAGAAGGAAGUGUUGGACAAACAAGGAGGAAGUGUAGGACGAAAAAGAAAGAAGUGGAGGACAAACAAGGAAGAAGUGGAGGACAAACACAAGAAAGAAGUGGAGGACAAACAAGAAAGAAGUGGAGGACACACAAGAAAGAAGUGGAGGACACACAAGAAAGAAGUGGAGGACAAACAAGAAAGAAGUGGAGGACAAACAAGGGACAAAACAAGAAGGAAGUGGAGAAGUGGAGGACACACAAGAAAGAAGUGGAGGACAAACAAGAAAGAAGUGGAGGACAAACAAGAAAGAAGUGGAGGACACACAAGAAAGAAGUGGAGGACAAACAAGGAAGAAGUGGAGGACAAACAAGGAAGAAGUGGAGGGAAGAAGUGGAGGACACACAAGAAAGAAGUGGAGGACAAACAAGGAAGAAGUGGAGGACAAACAAGGAAGAAGUGGAGGACAAACAAGGAAGAAGUGGAGGACAAACAAGGAAGAAGUGGAGGACAAACAAGGACUAAGUGGAGGACACACAAGAAAGAGAGUGGAGCACAAACAAGAAAGAAGUGGAGGACAAACAAGGAGGAAGUGGAGGACAAACAAGAAAGAAGUGGAGGACAAACAAGGAAGAAGUGGAGGACACACAAGAAAGAAGUGGAUGACAAACAAGGAAGAAGUGUAGGACAAACAAGAAAGAAGUGGAGGACAAACAAGAAGACAGUUUAG